AUGCCGCCCGUCCUUUUCCCCGUACUUCUCAGCGACGAAUGCCAAAUACCCCAACAGGAUAUUCAACAAAGGAGCUGGGGUGAUGUUGGAGUUGGCUGGAGUUGGUUGUCGCAUGUGGAAGCUCGCUGGAAAGGAUUUGAUGUUCUUCAGAGCCUGCUGCAUGAGUCAGCUGAGUCCACGUGA